CCAUGGCGGCGGCGGCGGCGGCCUCGGCCACGGCCCGUGCCCGCGGAGCCGGCCCGGCGUGGCGGCUGCGCCUGCUGUGCCAGCGCUACCAGGAGUACGUGAGGCGGCACCCGGCCGCCACGGCCCAGCUGGAGGGCACCGUGCGGGGGCUCUCCUACCUGCUGCCAGGUCGCUUCUCGGACUCGCACGCUCUCUCGGAGCUGGUGUAUUCUGCCUCCAACCUUUUAGUGCUGUUAAAUGACUGGAUUCUCCGAAAGGACCUGCAGCAAAGCCUGCCCGUGUCACUGCCCCAGCAGAAGCUGCUGACCUGGCUGAGUGUGCUAGAAUGCGUGGAGGUCUUUGCAGAGAUGGGGACAGCCAGGGUGUGGGGGGAGAUGGGCCGGUGGACCAUCAUUGUCCUCAUCCAGCUGGCUAAAGCCAUCCUUCGUCUCCUGCUCCUGCUGUGGUACAAAGCUGGCAUCCAGAUGUCUCCUCCCAUCGUGCCACUGAACAGGGAGCAGCAGCAGCCUCUCCACCCUCAAGACACAGAAGACAGCUCUUCAGGGAAGGAUCAGACCUAUGUUGGCAGGCGUUCCAGCCGUGUUGUGCGCUCUCUCCAGAGCACCCCAUCCCUGCAGUCCCGACACUGGGGGUCCCCCCAGCAGAGGGAGGAGUCACAGAGCAGAAGGGCGGAGGAGAUGAACCAGCCACCCACGCCUCUGGGUCUCCAAGAAACCAUCGCAGAAUCCCUCUACAUUACCCGCCCUCUGCUCCACCUAUUGAGUUUAGGAGUGUGGGGCCAGAGAUCAUGGAAGCCCUGGCUCCUCUCAGCAGUCCUGGACAUCUCAAGUCUGAGCUUGCUGAGUGAUCUGAAAGACCUGAACAGGCGAGAGCGAGCGGAGCUGAGGCGACGAACCAUCCUACUGCUGUACUACCUGCUGAGAUCUCCUUUCUAUGACCGAUACUCAGAGGGCAGGAUCCUUCUCCUUCUGCGCUUAUUGGCUGAUUACGUGCCUGGAGUUGGCUUCGUCACACGGCCACUGAUGGAUUACUUGCCUGCUUGGCAGAAAAUCUAUUUCUAUAACUGGGGCUGAUGAGAAGAUGAUUAUUCUCUGCUAAGAUCAUGGCUGGACCUUUCUAAGGAGGGCAAGCAGGCUGGGGGGAGGGAUGUUGAUAAUGUCUAAUUCUCAGUUAAGCCAUCAAUGAGAAGCUCCUGUUCUGCAGGGUGGGGAGAGGGGGUGUAUGUGAUUUUUUUUUUAACGGAUCUAGCUGUGAAUGAUGGACACUACGUGUGUGCAGAGACUCUGGCCACCUAUUUCUUGGACUGUUCUGUGGCUGCAGUGAUGGUGAUGGGGCAAUCUCUUUUUUUAAGCACUUGUUUUUUCUCUUUUUGUACAGCUGUGCUAUAAUAAAGCCAGGCAGCAUAGUGGGUUUUUGGAGAGCAUUGUCUCACGUGUCAAGGUGCUGUGGUUGAACCUGCAACCUGCUUCUGUUGGCUGUGCUUGGCCGAUCUGCUUGGAGCAGACUUGUCUGUCAAAUAAACUGACCAAUGGGAGAGAACUGA